CUCCCAGCAGCCUCUCCCAAUCUCUCCUCCUUUCUUCUUCUUCCUGGCUUCCUGCUCAGUCGACUUGGUGGGAAUUCCAUUCCCCUGCAGUUGCAAUGCUUGGGUGAAUCCAGCUCCGUCGUCGCCAUCCCCACCCCCACCCGCACCGGAGAAUGAGCAGCUCAUCCAAUGCACUUGUGCAGCACUACUACUCUUGCAAGCCCCCACCGCCCCCCAGAUUAGUACUAGUACCAUUCUUCUUCUCCGGCUCCGGCUCCGGCACCAACAACACCGCCUCCUCCCCUGCUGCUGCAUCCUCCACGCACACUCACACUCACACUGCAGAUGCCAACGCCCAGCUGGACGCACACCUCCUUUCCCUCCUCCGCGACGGCCACACCGACGCCGCCUACCACCUCUUCGCCUCCAACCCCUCCCUCCCCCUCUCCCCUGUCUCCGCCUCCCGCCUCCUCGCCCAGCUCUCCUAUUCUUCCUUCUCCCGCGCCUCCGCCCUCCUCCACCGCCUCCGCGCCCGCCAAGCCCUCCACCUCCUCGACGCCAACUCCCUCUCCCUCGCCUCCUCCGCCUCCGCCCGCUCCAACAACCCCCACCUCGCCUAUUCCCUCCUCCUCUCCAUGCUCCGACGCGGCCUCCUCCCCGACCGCCGCGCCUACACCGCCGCCCUCGCGCGCCUCCCCCCUUCCCGCGCCCUCCGCCUCUUCGACGCCCUCCUCCACCACCUCCGCCACCACCACAAUAAAACUAAUUCCCUCCCCGACACCGCCGCCUUCAACGCCGCGCUCAGCGCCUGCGCCAACGCCGGAGACUGCAUCCGCUUCCGCCACCUCUUCGACCAGAUGCCCGCCUGGAACGCGCCGCCUGACGCGCUCACCUACAACGUCCUCAUCAAGAUGUGCGCGCGCGCCGGCCGCAAGGACCUCGUCGCGCGCGUGCUCCACCGGAUCCUCUCCUCUGGUCUCACCCCCUGCGCCACCACGUUCCACUCCCUCGUCGCCGCCUACGUCGGCUUCGGCGACAUCCCCACGGCCGAGAGGAUCGUGCAGGCCAUGCGCGAAAGACGCACCGACAUCUGCUUGCUGUUCCGGGCUGUCGCGGACGACCACAUAAUCAGCCACGACCAGCAGAGCUGUGUGCUGGAGGACAUCGUCAAGCCGUGGGAACAAGAGGAGGUGCCGCUGCUCCCCAAGGCUUACCCGCCCAACUCCAGAGUGUACACCACGCUCAUGAAGGGGUACAUGAACGCCGGGCGCGUGGAGGACGUGGUGGCCAUGCUGCGCGCGAUGCGGCGAGAGGGAGAGACGUCGCCAGCGAGCCGCCCCGACCACGUCACCUACACCACGGUCAUCUCCACGCUGGUGGCGGCCGGGGACAUGGAGCGAGCGCGCGCCGUGCUGGAGGAGAUGGGGCAAGCAGGGGUGGCAGCCAGCCGCGUGACAUACAACGUCCUCAUCAAGGGCUACUGCCAGCAGCUGCAGGCCGGAAAGGCCAAGGAGCUCCUCGCCGUAGACAUGGCUGAGGCGGGCAUCCAGCCCGACGUGGUGACGUACAACACGCUCAUCGACGGGUGCGUGCUGACGGACGACAGCGCGGGCGCGGUGGCGCUGUUCAACGAGAUGCGCGAGCGGGGCAUCGCGCCGUCGGCGGUGAGCUACACGACGCUGAUGAAGGCGUUCGCGGCGUCGGGGCAGCCGAAGCUGGCGCACAAGGUGUUCGAUGAGAUGGAGAAGGACCCGCGGGUGGCAGUGGACCGGGCGGCGUGGAACAUGCUGGUGGAGGCGUACUGCAGGCUGGGGCUGCUGGAGUCGGCGAAGAAGGUGGUGGAGAGGAUGAAGGCGCGGGGAGUGCAGCCGGACGUGGCGACGUACGGGAGCCUGGCGAAGGGGAUCGCGGUGGCGAGGCGGCCGGGGGAGGCGCUGCUGCUGUGGGAGGAGAUAAAGGAGAAGGAGGUGGACGGGGAGGUGGUGGAGGCGCUGGCGGACGUGUGCGUGCGGGCGGCGCUGUUCAGGAAGGCGCUGGAGAUGGUGGCGAGGAUGGAGGAGAUGGGGGUGGAGCCCAACAAGGCCAAGUACAAGAGGAUGUACGUGGACCUGCACUCGCGGAUGUUCACCAGCAAGCACGCGUCGCAGGCGAGGCAGGAUCGGAGGCGGGAGAGGAAGCGCGCCGCGGAGGCAUUCAAGUUCUGGCUCGGCCUCCCCAACUCCUACUACGCCACCGACUGGCGCCUCCAAGACGACGGCCUCAACUAACACCCUACUAUAUACUACUAAUGAUAAUGUUAAAUCUUAACACAUGUUUUAUGUACUACUCCUACAGUCCAUGAAGCUACUUGCUUCCCUUGCUCAUUAUGUACAACUUCAUAGUAAUUUAUUUUCCAGCAAAAAAAAAACAUAGCGACAUAUAUACUGAUAGUGAUAGGGGUAGCAACGCUGUUACCGAGGAGCCGGGACGAAAUGGAACAAGAGAUUUUCCUUUA